CCGCGCGCUCGUAUCGCUCGGCUCCACGCGGCUCUCGGCGGCGGCGGCCGAGGCGCAGGGCUGAGCGAGUGUUCGGGCGCCGGGGCUCCGGGAACGGCGGCUCCAGCUCCUGCGCGUGGCCUCACUCCCUUUCUCUGCCCCAGCCCAGCUACCUCUUUGCCAUGGCUCUGGCAGACAGCACGCGUGGAUUACCCAACGGGGGCGGCGGCGGGGGCGGCAGCGGCUCUUCGUCCUCCUCGGCAGAGCCGGGGCUCUUCCCCGACAUCGUGGAGCUGAACGUGGGGGGCCAGGUGUAUGUGACCCGGCGCUGUACGGUGGUUUCGGUGCCCGACUCGCUUCUCUGGCGCAUGUUCACGCAGCAGCAGCCGCAGGAGCUGGCCCGGGACAGCAAAGGCCGCUUCUUUCUGGACCGGGACGGCUUCCUCUUCCGCUACAUCCUGGAUUACCUGCGGGACUUGCAGCUCGUCCUGCCCGACUACUUCCCCGAGCGCAGCCGGCUGCAGCGCGAGGCCGAGUACUUCGAGCUGCCGGAGCUCGUGCGCCGCCUCGGGGCGCCCCAGCAACCCGGUCUGGGGCCGCCGCACCCGCGGCGCGGGAUGCCUAAGGAGGGCUCGCUGGGCGACGAGCUGCUGCAGCUCGGCUACGCGGAGCCGGAGCAGCAGGAAGGCUCCUCAGCCGGGGCGCCGUCGCCCACGCUGGAGCUGGCUAGCCGCAGCCCGUCCGGGGGCGCAGCGGGCCCGCUGCUCACACCAUCCCAGUCGCUGGACGGCAGCCGACGCUCAGGCUACAUCACCAUCGGCUACCGCGGCUCGUAUACCAUCGGGCGGGACGCGCAGGCAGACGCCAAGUUCCGGCGGGUGGCACGCAUCACUGUGUGCGGCAAGACCUCGCUGGCCAAGGAGGUGUUCGGGGACACCCUGAACGAGAGCCGGGACCCAGACCGGCCCCCGGAGCGCUACACCUCGCGCUAUUAUCUCAAAUUUAACUUCCUGGAGCAGGCCUUUGAUAAGCUGUCGGAGUCGGGCUUCCACAUGGUGGCGUGCAGCUCCACGGGCACCUGCGCCUUCGCCAGCAGCACUGACCAGAGCGAAGACAAGAUCUGGACCAGCUACACCGAGUACGUCUUCUGCAGGGAGUGAGCUCCCUAGCUCCCCCCCGCCCCGCGACUCCAGCUCUCGUCCCCCCCGCCCCUUUCCCUGUCUUAGAGAUGGUUAUAGCACCUCUUCCCUCCCGUCCCUCUGUCGUUCACCCCCAGGAGCUGGGGCCAGUCCCCUCUACCCUCAAUUCUAGAACCUGCAGGCGAAAACCCUCUCGGCUUCUUCAUUUUCUUUGGACCCCUCCAACCGAGGGAGCCCAGAUAUACCCCCUUAACCCAUGCUUCCUCCAUCCCGUACCCCAAACCACCCCUCCCCCAGACUGCCCCUUAAUCUGGAUGGAGUGGGGCAGCGUGGCCCCAAAUCACCAAGUACCUAGGAAUGACUGGAUCGUUCAAAAUCAGGACGUGUCCAGCGUGAAGAGAUUCCCUGAAAUCUUCUUGAACCUUAUGACUCAAGAGAUCGGAAUUGAUAACACUGGGGAAGUUAGUGUUCUAAAAGGUCAUUGGAGCCUUUUUUUGAUUCUCUUUAAAGGUAGAUAUUUAGAAGGUUGAAUGAAAAACUGGGAUUCUGGAAUUAAGACCAUAUGGAAGCAGUUCAGUGACUGUAAAUGAGUGAAGUUUUGAAAAGUUACAGAUAAAAGUAGGAGAAGAAUCUAGUGCUGGCACGGUAAAGUAUCGGAUCUUUUCCAGUACAGAAUGAAAUGAAAGAUCUUCGCUUGUGACUUAAACUUGCAGAAAGGGACCCUCCUGCCUGUGGAGGCGCCCUUUCUCGUUGGCUUAUCGCCAGGACUUGGGUCGGCUCUGGUUGACAUGACAGUUUUUUGGCAAGAGCGAGAAAGAGCUUUGCUGCAGAAGAGGGCAGGUCUGCCCAGGUCGCCAUGCCCCACAGAAAGCCACCUGGCAGUGAUUAAAACAGAGCUGGGUAGUCAUGCACGUUGUGGGUAUUAGGAAAGCCCAUAUUCUUGCAGUGAAUGGCAGUAGGAUCAUUCUUAGCUCAUAAGACUUGGGGGUGGGAUUGGGAGGGAAGGAGGAGGGUAGGAAGGGUGGGAAGGGAAGAGCAGACAUACUCAUUUAUUAUUUGAAAUUUGUAAGUUUGUACCAUCCGUUUGAGUACAUGCGUUUUAUUUUAAAACAUCAAAUAGGACAAAAACAUGCAAAGUGUUUUAUAAAAAUGAAUAACAGUAUCUACUCUUAGCUGGCAGUUAUUGAGGUAACCGUUUUGAAUCCUAAGCUUAGAAGUUACAGAUACUUAUAACCUAACCAAAGAGUUACCCAGUAGUGUUUUAGUAUUUGAACUCUGUUUUCUCUGUGAAUAUAAAUCCUGAUUGUAAAAUCGAUUUACUUGAGCAACAUACGUUUGAUUUUGGUUACUCAGACUUAAGAUCUCUUAUUAAAAGUCCUUAUUUUCCCUAAACUCAGUAUGUUUGACGGCUGAGCAAAUCUGAAAACCAGAAAAUGCUACUUGACACUCCUCUUUGAUGCAGUGGUUUGAAGUUAAGGUGGAAUCCUUUUGAGUGCCAGAGCUGUAGAGAAUUAAGCAACAAGGGCUGCCCAUCUGUAGAGAGCUGUAAAGUGAAAUAUUUUUCAGUGAAGGCAAAUUAAGUACUUAAAAGUGAGCUGAGCAAUAAAACAGUGUUUUAGGAAAAUACAGCAGUAACCGAAGGAGACCUGGUUGCCUUAUGCCUUUAAUAUAGAAUAAAUUCCCUCUGCAUAUCCUAUCUACAUCCUAAGUAAAGGGAAAUAAAUCCUUGUCUUUCAUGCUGUGAGGCGUCCUUUGAAUAUUCUGUGAUAAUGAGAAGCCUUUCUAUUUUUUUGUUGGUUUGUUUCAGCAUCUUUCUCUAACGUAUGUUUUUAAAGAUUUUGUAACCUGUUUUCAGUGUUUAAAUUAGUGCUAUUUUUCCUUCUUUUUACAAAUGGAUCUUGUACUGUAUCUUAUUAUGUCCAUACCAGAUGUUACGAAUUGGGACAGUUUUAUUCUUAGACUCAUGUGAUCCAAUCUGUAUAUACCAUAUAUAAACAUUUUACACGAAUCAUUUAGUUUUUUAAUUCAUUUACUAAUGCUAUAAAAUUUCCUGUAUUUAACCCAGUAACUUGCAUCAGAUGGUGUAUAUACUGAAGCAACAUGUUUUGAUGACUUUCUUAUAUCCUUGUCUAUGGGGAAAUUGAGUUAGGAAAAAAUAAUUGUAAAACUGAAUUUGGGCCGUAUUUUUUGCUUGGUUAUUAGUUGUAUACAAAUAAUACACUGAUUAAUUGUCUACUUAAAUCAAGGUACCUGGUUUUUUAAUCUCCUUUUUUUUUGAACUGGGGAAGAGAGGCUUGAAGGUUUUAUUAGAGUUACAUUUUUAGAAAAGUAAAAUUAGCUUUAUGCACAAAGAUGGUCAGGCUAAGGGAAAUGGAAGUAGAAAUCUAGGAAGUUGUGUGGGCUUCCACAUUGAGUUUGCCCUCAGACUUGUAAUGCCUCAGAACGUAUCUUUGUUUCAAGCCUGAAAUGGUUGAAGAAUGUUGCUCGGUGGCCAUAAGGGUCAUAAAGUUUUCUCCACCCCGUAUGGCAUUCUGUGAGAUUGCUUAAAAAGCACAGAACUGAGAACACUUUAAGACAAGAUUGAAACCACUGACAGAUUGCAAGAAACGACAGUUGUGAUUUUCCUUGUUUAAUCUGCGUAACUCCAGGAGUCAGGAGAACCUGCUCAUCUUGUCUCUGCUACUCAAGUCUUAGGAAUUUUGUCUUGUAAAACUUUGCAUUAUUCUACUGCCUUGUGCGUAGACACCUCACUCCCCUCCCCUGCCCCACACUUGCUGCUCUGCAGCAAACCUCUCCUUUUCAUUAUUUGAAGGACUGGGAAUUUAAUGAGUAGAGAGCCUAAACUGACCUCUUUCUAGGGAUGACUGCCCUCUAAAGGCAGAAAUUGCUAACAUGAAAAUGUUCUUCUUUUAGUCCAAAGUAAAGGCUGAGUAGGAAACUCAUUUUAUGUUGGCUGGAAGACAUAACUGAGAUGACUUGACCUGAGCACUCUUUGAUUCCUUCUCCUCCACGGGCAUUGGGCUGUGGGGAAGACCCGUAGCAGUCUACAAAGUGGGCGGGAGUGUUGGUCACCACCUAUGAGCUUGGAUGGGGUAUAGAGAAUCUAGGUGUUUGGAUAAAAUGUCCCCAAACACCAAAUAACCUGGAAGAAUGGCAUAAAUGAUUCAGGUAGUCGUAAGUGUGUUCACCUGGCUCGGAGUGGCAGGCUUUUACUUAUGUUUCUCUAAAUGCCAUUUGAUAUUCAUAAAUACAGCUGGAUGACAUUCGACUUUUGAUAAUUUGAAAAAAAAAAAAAAGACCGUUGUGGCAAGUAGUGGUUAAAAAAAAAACAGGUACCAUGUUCAAUGCUUUUGCACCAUGUGUUUGAAAGUUGCCUAUUUUAAAAUACAUGUAGACCAUAUUCAUUCUAAUUUUCAACUUAUGUGUUUGAAAAAUAUUCCUCAGAGGUGUGGGACCUUCAAAUUUCUUUUCCGUUUCAAUACUGUUUUUGUUCUUGCGUUUUAUAGUUGGUUGUAUUUUGGACUUAUAGCAAAGUGAUAAUUUAUAUUAUUAGACAAAAUGGUCUUCUCUUUCAGCCAGAUCCAAAUACAUGGGACCUGUUGCUUCUCUGAGAAAAUGCAUACUAUGUAUAAGAAACCCAAAGGAGGCAACUGGCAAUGCUUAUACCAUGUUCCAGUUUGCAUUGGCAUUUCCACAGAGUGUUGUUAUUACAUUAAAGCCAUGCAGAUUGAAGCUUUAAUAUUUUUUCUAGUCUUGAAAUUCUGGUAAAUUUUAAUCUAAUAUUCAAAACAUUUUUGCACUCCCACGUAAAUAAUGCUGAAUUACAAAUGAAGACAUUCAGAAAAGUAUAGACUGGAGGGGUUGAAUUUGUUAAGAAUUUCUUUUAUAACCUAACUCACAUAUACUUUACUCAAUUGACUUUUUUUUUUACAUAGUAAACAGAAUAUUUUUAUUGUAAGACUAUCAGAGUAAAUCCUUUGUUUUAAAUUUUUAAAGACUAGUUGUGAUUUUAAGUUUUGUAUAUUUUCCUUACUGUAAAUCAUUAAAAAACUGAAUUAAUUUUCUUAAUUGACUCAAGUCUGUCUGUAGAGAAAUAGGACAUAAAAUACUCAUUUAUUUCCAGUGGCUAUAGUACCUGAGAUAGAGUUUUCUAGAGACAGGAACCAGUUCUGUUGAAGUUAGCUUUUCUUUGUCACAGUUUUGGACAAUAGCUAUCUACAAGUAUUAACAUUUGAGGAUUUAGAUUCUCUACUGGGGCCCUUGAAACUUGGAAGAAAAUUCAACCAGAAGAUCUACAUUUGUGAAUGAUCUUGUGUGGAGGGAAGAUGGACUAGUUGACCGAGAAUUCUUGUCACCUUAUACAUUUUGGGAUUAUUUUCCAAGCCAAGUUUUUUUCAAUGUGUUUUGAGGUAUGUGGACAUUUACUGUAAACUAUUAUGCAGCUGUCUUUGUGACUUUAUAGGCAGGUGAAUUUUGUUCCUACUGAAAAUAAAUGACAGCAGUUCAUUUAUGAUCACUCAAACAGCAUCAGUGACCGCUUACUGAGAAAAGGUGAAGACUUCAUGGAUGUUAAUUUUGAAGAUUCGAAUUAUAUAUUGCUUAAAAUUUUCCAGGCAUCUGAACAACUGUUACCUACUAAACAAUGUAAGGCCCCCAUAGAGCUCUCUGGAUUCUGAAAUUAUUGAAAAUGUUAUAUGCUUAGUGAUAUAUAUCAUGGAGCCAUUUUCUCAAAAUACAAGGAGAGAGGAAAAAAAAAAUCAUAAGAUCAUCAGACUUUUGUAAUGAAACAGAAAGCUAGGAAAAAAAAUCACUUUAUAUUUUUAAACAGAUAUUCAUGAAGUCUUUUCAGAAUUUCCCAAAUUUAAAGUAAGAAUUUCUUCAGUCAUCUAAAUGCUCUAGAGAAUUUUGUUCUCCUUAUUCACAACCAGUUGUAUAACAGAAAUACCCAAUACUGUUUUUCUCCAUGUGUGUGAAUCAUUAUGUGACUCGUUAUGUAUUCUAUUAAACACUAAAGAAUAAAACAUUCACUCCAUUU